AAAAAUUGCCAGAGGCAGAUCAUCAAUUGACGGACGACAGGUCCAGGCGAAUGCGAACAAGAUGAGUCGCUCAUUGACAAGUCGCCUCGCGGCGCAAUUGCUCCUUCAAUCCUCCCGAGCCACCGUCCCAAAGUCGUCAUUUCAAAUCGCUCGCUCCCUCUCCCAGACAAAGUCGAACCGCGAUGAUAAACCCAGAAGGGCCCCCAGCCGACCCAGUACGGCCUCGCUGUUAGAGAACAUCUACGGCCCCUCAGAGACGUCCAAGACAAAACCCUCUCCCAACAAUGCCAUGGCCAACCUCUCCCAAAGCCUUGUCUUCCAGACACUUGACAAGUCUUCCAACAUCGAUACGAGCACACUCUCCAGAGAUACCCGUCGACAGGCCGAGGCAAAGGAGGACGAUCUCGAGCCAUACCACUUCCACAUCUACUCUCACAAGCACAACACCCACAUCACUUGCACCAAGCCCAAUCGAGAACCAAUUAUCUCUCUGUCUGCCGGCAACAUUGGUUUCCGCAAGUCUCGCCGUGGCCUAUUCGAUUCCGCCUACUCCCUCACCAAGUAUGUCCUGGAGCGAUUAAUCCACAACGGCUGGCCCAUGAAGAUGAACCGACUAGAAAUUGUGCUACGAGGUUUCGGUCAGGGACGAGAGGCUGCUCUGAAGGUUCUGAUGAGCCCCGAGGGUAAGGUCUUACGAGACAAGAUUGUUCGUGUAGCCGACUCGACUAGAAUCAAGUUUGGUGGUACCAGGAGUGAGAAGCCUAGACGUCUAUAAAAGCCUGGAAUUUUAGAUUGGAAUUGGAAUUGGAAUUUGGGCACAUUUUGGGAAUAUGUUCACAUGAGAAUAUCACUUCGACGCGGAGGUUGAGAAAGUGAAUGUACUAUACUCUGUACGACCUGUACUAUACAAAUGAACAAGACACAGCUUGCUUUGCUUGCAAGUUCCCAAACGAAUGAUCUGCUCCUGGACUAUAAAGUCUUUGGUAUCGUGCUAAUCCAUUGAAACGAUACCUAGAAACGCCAAA